AGCGUGCGUGGAGCGUCGGGGCUGAGCGGCUGUGAUUCCAUUGUGCAAUUUUUGUUUGUAAUCGAUUUUAUUGUACAUCUUCUGAAAAGUUGAAAUAAAAAUGACGCCGCCGAUGGAGAGAAUACAAAUCCUCGAAGGGAUCGAGAAAGAUAUAAUUCUGUGUCUUCAAUGUGCAGGACAAGCUUUCGUAGAACUCAGUAAAGAGAAAUCCAGUUUAAAACAAGCUGAGGCACAAACUCAACAGUUUCUAAAAACGUUAGGACACGUCGAAUCGAAGCUGAGCGAACAAAUCAAUUAUCUGACCCAAGUUUCGACAGGACAACCACAUGAAGGUUCUGGGUAUGCCAGCCAAAAGGUGUUACAAAUGGCAUGGCAUAGGUUAGAACACGCACGGAGCAGAAUAAAUGAAUUGGAACGUCUUAAAAAUAAAUCAAGGUGAAUGAA